UCAUCUCCCCCGGCAACAGGUGCACGAGAGCACUCGAGAAGGCGUCAGCCCUAGACGUUGGGACUUGGAACAGGACGCACGGGCCCUUGAAUUACACCGAUUCAAAAUGGACAAAAACGGAGAAAAUGUUUAUGAGGUGGUUAAAGAAGAAAACGCUUAUGAAAAACCUGACUCCCCAACAGAACCAAAAUAUGAGAACCAAGGUGCAAUUUAUGAGAAUGCAGCUGAAGUUAAAGACGCGAUUUACAGUGAGGUUGAAGUUCAUGCUCCAGAGGCAGCCGAGCGUUCAUCACCAGACUACAUGAACACACGUAAGAGUCCCGAAGAACAGCCACGCGCGAAAGGAGAUGCCAGCAGCAGUUCGUCGAGCGAAGAUGAGGAGAAAACCGAGGCCCAACCGGAGGUAUCCCUAGCUCAAGAAGAAGCUGUUCCUAUGGAAGUUAAUGGAGAGGCAGAAACCUCACGACGCUCCUCCACAUCUUCCUCCUCCUCCUCCGAGUCCGGUGGAGACCCAUGCGACGACCCACCCCAAUCACCGCUUUACGAGGACAAUGUAGAAGAUGGCAUGUGCAUGGCCUACACGCGACCAGAUGAUUCAUCUCCGGAACCAGAGGAAAUUGUCGAUUACAGCCUAAAACCAGUAGAAACUUCAGAAGUCGAGGAGACCAAAGUUGUUGAUCCAAACCAGCCCGAUAUCGCGCUUUUUGUGAAGGCGGGCAUUGACGGGGAGAGCAUCGGGAACUGCCCAUUCUCCCAGCGCCUCUUCAUGAUCCUGUGGCUCAAGGGCGUGGUCUUCAACGUCACCACAGUCGACCUGAAGAGAAAGCCAGCUGACCUUCACAACCUGGCCCCAGGCACCCACCCUCCCUUCCUCACCUAUAACGGCGAGGUGAAGACCGACAUCAACAAGAUCGAGGAAUUUCUAGAGGAGGUCCUAGCGCCACCUAGUUACCCCAAACUUGCUGCUAAAAACAGGGAAUCCAACACUGCAGGCAUCGACAUCUUUGCCAAGUUCUCUGCCUACAUCAAGAACACAAAAGCAGAGGCCAAUAAAGGUCUAGAGAAGAACCUCACCAAGGCGUUGAAGAAGCUGGACGAUUACCUCAACAGUGCCCUGCCAGACGAGAUCGAUGCGAACAGUAUGGAUGAUGAGCGGGCCUCCUUACGCAAGUUCCUGGACGGCAACGAGCUGACCCUGGCGGACUGUAACCUGCUGCCCAAGCUGCACAUAGUAAAGGUUGUGGCCAAGAAGUACCGCAACUUCAACAUCCCCACCGAAAUGAGCGGCGUGUGGCGUUACCUGAACAGCGCCUACAGCCGGGACGAGUUUACCAACACCUGCCCCGCCGACAAUGAGAUUGAAAUGGCCUACCAGGACGUGUCCAAGAGGCUGGCCAAGUAAUAGCCCCCCCCCCCCCCCCACCUCAAACACCACCUUUACACCUUUGAGAGUUAAGACUUUGCAUUCAUCUCCCCCUGCUCCCCCCCCCUACUCCCAGCCCAAGGACAUCAGGCCCUGAAGAAAAUAUGUCUGCCGUCAAUGAUUGACUCAGUCAGUCGCAGGCUUUGUUGUAGGUAAAGUGCUGCAUUGUGCAAAAUUGGUGAAUGAUUGACACAAUGGUAUGAUCAGCAAUAUUACUGGGCUUGUGAAGUCUUAUUCUGCAGUGAAUCAGUGUAACCUCUUUUGAUACACUAUAAAACAGCAAAACUCACCCGGUCAGCCCUUCCUCUUCCCCCAUCUCGCUCUCUGUGCUCUAAAUUUCUCUGGAUGAGUUCUACUGGCACGACAAAGCAUGUUUUUGUGUUGACAAAGUAAAACAACCUAGAAACAAAGUUUAAACUCUAUCUUUCUCUCUGUCUGUCUGCCUGUCUCUCUCUCUCUCCUCUCUCUCUCUCUGUCUGUGUCUCUCUCUCUCUCCUCUCUCUCUGUCUGUCUCUCUCUUUCUCACCUUUCUGUCUCGUUUGUGAACACGGCCAAAAUGCUUUUCCUCUUUAUUGGGGGCUUGAUAAAUUACUUCUUCUAUUUAUUUCUCUCACUCUCAUGGUGCGACAUGAAGGCCUGACAGCUGAAAACACACCAUCAUGUAUUUAUCAGUCUUUGAUAAGCAUGUGGAAUAGCAAUAUAGCUGCAAUGGAGUGAUUAAUCCAAUGGCUCUUGGCUGUACCUACACCUAGUGGAGUUCUCCUGUUUGAGGUUUGCUUGAUUUACACUGAUUUUGAACUGGUCAAUCUGACAUCCAAUUUUUUCCAAUUGGAUAGAGAAAUUGAAGUAUAUAUUCUUAAAGAGGUAUAUUUAAGACAAAGUGUUAUUAGUGCUGUGUGUUCAGAGGAUGGAGAAAGAACAAAUGUUUUAAGAGGAAUUCCUGAAUGCAAAAUGAAUGCAUUUAUUUACUUUUCUGUCCUGAAAGCCUAAAACAAAGUAUGUUGUGAGAUUUUUUCUUCUCAACUCCUGGACCCUUUGCAGAAAAAAAACAUAAUUUAUUUGUGAUUGAUAAUUUAUUUCAUUUCCUUUCUUUUGGAAAAUAGUGAACAUAUUUCAGGUUUUAUUUCAGUAAAAUAGACACAAUGUUUUUCUUGACCUAAUCAGUGAAAUAUAUGAUCAAGCAAUGUGCCUUCAUUGGAAAUCUACCAGCCAAAAUCAUCAUAAUGAUUGAGUGAUUUUCUAUUUCGUGUAAUUUUAGCCUUUUUCCUGUAAACCUUUUGUUUGUACACUUCAUUUAAUCACACAUAAUUUAAUUCAUUCACUAUUUGGUCUGUCCAGAAACAAUAAAACUACCAGGAGUA